CCUCGGCGCCGCGCCUCAGGAAAAGCGACGAAAUAUCCUAACAGUUCAUUAGCCGAGGGAAUUUCUCAGUGCGCUCGUGUGCUCUACUCGCCCUUCUCAUUCAGUAACACGAUCGGGAAGGAACCGAGGGUCUGGAGUCUAUCGCCACGAAGCAACAUGACAACAUCUAGACAUCUGAUUCUCCUGUUUCUCCUCUAUUUCACGGCAAUUGAAGCCACGUCUUUCCAGGAUGGCGACGAGGUCAUACUUUACGUCAACAAAGUGGGGCCCUACUUCAACCCCCAUGAAACAUAUCACUACUACCAACUACCCGUCUGUCGGCCCAAGAUAAUUGAGCACAAGAGCCUGACCCUUGGCGAGGUCCUGGAUGGAGACCGCAUGGCCAAGUCUGACAUAAGGAUCAAGUUCAAAGAGAACAUGCAAAACCGAAAGCUCUGUGACCUGGUGUUAUCGGAGGAGGAGGUGCAAUACCUCCGGGAGGCCAUCGAAGAGCACUACUACUACGAAUUUGUGGUCGACGAUAUCCCAGUGCGAGACUUCAUUGGUCAUCUCGAGGAAUCAGGCUUUGUCCCCCACACCCAUAAAGUGUACCUGUGGACACACCAGCAUUUCAAUAUUUACUAUAAUGAAAAUAAGAUCAUCUAUGUAAAUGCAACGAAGGAGCAUGCCCCUAUUUCCCUGGAUGAUGUAGAGCCACCACUCAACAUACAGCCUACAUAUUCUGUAACUUGGAUUCCUACAAAAAUUGCAUAUGCCGACCGAGGGCGUCUUAUUCAGGACAACAGCUUCUUCCCACGCAGUCUAGAGAUUCACUGGCUUUCCAUCAUCAACUCUAUGGUGCUUGUGUUUCUCCUCAUAGGCUUUGUGGUUAUUAUCCUGACCCGAGUGUUACGGAAUGACUUUGCACGCUACAACAUUGACGAAGAGGGCCGGGAUGACAUAGAUAGUGAUGAGUAUGGUUGGAAAAUCAUCCACACUGAUGUCUUCCGGUUCCCACAGCACAAGAGCCUGUUUUCAUCCAUUUUAGGUGUUGGAUGUCAGUUCCUGGCAGUGGCAGUGGGGAUCAUAGGAAUGGCUCUGCUGGGCAUGUUCAACGUCCACCGACAUGGCUCUAUGAACAGUGCGGCUAUCUUCCUGUACGCCCUUGCAUCAGUCAUCGCAGGAUACGUUUCCUCGUCCAACUUCAGAAUGAUGGGGGGCACCAAGUGGGUGUCCAACAUCAAUUUGACAACAGUGCUCUUUGCAGGUCCGUUCUUCUUGAUCUGGAGCAUUCAGAAUACGGUUGCCUGGGCCUACCACUCCACCCAAGCCCUUCCCUUCACUACCAUCAUCCUCUUGCUGCUCAUGUGGAUCUUCGUGGGCUACCCACUCACCAUUUUUGGAGGAAUCCUGGGAAAGAAUGGCCGCAUAGAGUACAACUUCCCCUGCCGGACGAAGAACAUUGCACGGGAGAUACCUUCAGGUCCCUGGUACCGAUCCUCCUGGGCACACUGUGCUGUUGGUGGCUUCCUGCCCUUCAGUGCCAUUAGCGUGGAAAUGUACUACAUCUUCUCGACGCUUUGGGGCCGCGAGCAGUACACCUUGUACGGGAUCCUUGGCGUGGUGUUCAUCAUCCUCCUGAGUGUAACUGCCUGUGUGUCCGUGGCUCUCACCUACUUCCAGCUGGCUGCUGAGGACUACAGGUGGUGGUGGAGAUCCAUCUUCAGUGCUGGGUCUACUGGUGGCUUCGUCCUGAUGUAUUGUGUGUUCUACUACCUAAAGCGCUCAAAUAUGUCAGGUGGCUUGCAGACCAUAGAGUUUGUGGGCUGGUCGCUUCUCACCUGUUAUGUGUUUUUCCUUACCCUUGGUACGGUCUCUUUUCUUGCCUCCCUCACUUUCGUCAAGUACAUUUACCGUAACAUCAAGAUGGAUUAAGAUGGGUUGUUUUGUUUUUCAUUUUCUCUUUUUCUGUUAAGUGAUGUAAACGCUCACUGAGGGAAAAGAAUGGCGUAUUAGGAAAAGAGAGAGAGUGUCUUAUUCAAGAGGAAUGCAAGUGGCUUGUUAAGUCAACACCAAAGGAAUGAACACAGUGUAUUGCGGGUCAGACUGAUGCGAAACGUGAAUUUGACCUUUAGAUUUAAGGUGAUGUAGCGAGCAGAGGAAGUAGCAUUAACGCAGAUUGUAUUUAUUACCAGAUUUUGCUCAGUAAAGAGGCAUUGAUGCUAUUUUUAUGAGGAAAACAUAGUUGAGGUUUCCUUAAGUACAAGGAGUACAUGCUGCUCAGUGGAUGGAAACUUCCCCCCUCACUUCAAGGCUUGUGAAUUAUAAAGUUUAGUUAGGCUGACUGCAUUCAUGUGCCUGGUGAGGCUAUGGGAAGCAAAGGACUCCUGGAUGAUACUUAUUUAUUAUUAUUUCUUUUCAUCCAGUCCUUCCUUUGUAAUAGUUUUUUUUUCUUCUUCCUAUCCUUUAAGAAAAGGAAGCUCUUGUGAACAACAGUGAGAGAGAGAGGGAGAUUGUCCCUCUCUCUCUCAGUGCCAGUCUUUCUACCUGGGAAUUUGGAUAAUGCUGACUGCUUGCUGAAGGACCAAGUGCUAAGCCUAGUGCCUUAUAACACUUCUAGGGGUCUGAACAGUAACAAUUCUCAAACUGUUAGUUGACUGACGAUGACAAGAAAAAUGCUUGGAUGCUGCCCCCUUUCCAUCAGGGUCCUUUGUAUCAGAUUGAUACAUUAGUUUGGACUGCAAGAGGAGGUUUUAUAUCUUUUUAACUGUCUGAGUGUCUGUGUGUCUGUCUCUGUCUUGCUCUUGUCAGUCUACCUCUAUGUUAGGCUGUGUUAUCUAAAUGUGAGGGCCGUAUCUUCUAGGCAUAGACAGAAUAUGAUAUAGGAGUCUACGUAGUUAGGAUAAUAGAAAAUGUCAAUUAUGUUUUUGCUAAAGAGACAAAACACCACAUGCACAUUUCUGAAAAGGUAUUGGAUGCUUUGAAACAUUAUAGAAGUACCAGUGUGUGUCAUAUCUAUUCAUUCUUUUUAUUUUUUAUUAAAAUGGUUUUAGAUCCUAUGGAUAAAGAUUGUAUUAGACUUCACAUUGUGUGUAUAUGUAGCUAUUUUAAACUAAAGUCUGUACUAAGCAUGUAUCUGAUUGGUAGGAAGGCAGAGUGUGUGGCAUAGUAAUAUUUUUUCCAUAAAUAGUCCUGUAUACUGGCCAGUUACCAAAACUUAUGUUGUUUGAUACAGAAAACAUUGCAUUAACAAAGUUUACUAUGCCUGUUGUGUUGUACAAAGCAGUUAGCAGUUAAAUUGUGAAUAGAAAGUGAUUAUUGAUAGGAAUCUCUGAUUUAGUUAUUUUAUGCUAUUCAUUAAACACAUAAGUAUUCACCAGGUAAUUUACAUUACAUAAUAGUGAUAGAACAACUUUUUUAAAGAGCAUUAGUAUAUGUCUCCACCAGCUUUUGUACAAAUCAAACUAUUUUUUUUUUGUAUUUUGUCCAGGAAAGAUAUUUUGUUGAAUAAUAGGAAUUAAGAAUGAUGGUGAAAACAAAGGAAACUCUAAAAAUACUGACAGCUGAAUUGUGUUGAGUUAAAGUCCCUUUUUUCCAAUUUUAUUAUUGUAAUCAUCAGUGUUACUGCAGUUAUGAUCAUCAUUUCCAUUUUUACUUUCUGGUUCCUUUGUUGUUGUUUUUUUUCCCCUCUAAUCAUUCUCAGCUUCUAUCAGAAUUUAACCAUAGUCUGUUCUAUUUUUUCUGUAGAGGGGUUUUGAAAUUUAGUGUCUUACCAGGUUGUACACAUUCAUCACUCCCCACACUCUUACCCAUAAACCUCCCCACCCAUCCGCCACAACACCCCUAAUCACUCUCUCUCUCUCCUCUCCCCUCCUCUCCUCUCCUCUCCUCUCCUCUUCUCCUCUCCUCUCCUCUCCUCUCCUCUCCUCUCCUCUCCUCUCACUU